AUGUCGAUUACCUUCGGAAGCGUUGGGGAUAUCAUAGCGGUCGGGCAGAUCGCAUGGUCCUUGGCCAAGUCCUUGACCGACUCGAAGGGUUCCGCGAAGGAGUAUCAAGGCCUGGUCAAGGAGCUGAGAGCGUUUGAACGAGCAGUAUUACAAAUUGUUGCGCUCUGGCAGAACUACGACAGUCCUGAUGUGGUGACGACGGAUGUUACGAAAGAUUGGCUGGACGCAUUACGCGCUUUCAAAGAAAAGGUUGAUAGGAAAUAUGGCAGGUGCUUGGCGAGCUCAGGAUCUGGGAAUUGGGUGAAGGAUGCGUCGAAGAAGGUGCUUUGGUUAAAGGAGAAGGAGGACAUUUUGCAUCUGAGGAGCAAGUUGACCUCGGCGAGUGAUACUAUCACUAUGUUGACACUUUCAGCAAUGGGUAAAUCGAAUAAAUUGGCUGAAGGGGACAUCAAAUUUCGAGUUCGCGCAGUCCAUCUGAUGUUGGAAGAUGCCAAAAAGCGGGCUGAACAACAGGCCGUGCAGCUCAAAGCAAUAGACGAGAAGAUUGAGGCGCAGUCGAAGACUUCGGAUCUUAUCUUAAGUAAUGUCAAGAGUAGCAUUGUAUCUCUCCAUAUGACAUUACAGCAAUCUACUCCUCGAGGAAUCGGGACAGGCUGGCAGUAUGAUCCUGUAACUUUGGAGGAUGCGCUUGGUUUUCGGCACCUUAUUCCCCUGGACGUAGUGACCUCUUGGAAAAUUCUCGAUGUGAUUCUCUUAGAGCGUUUUGAGCAACGUCCUGGAUACCAGAAAAUCCUGAAGGGUGAGUUUGCGAUCGAAGAAGGUAUCACUGGACGCGAUAUUAGCCGAGAGAAUGAGUUCAAGAUGUGCUUCCGUCCAGGCCAGAAGAUUGAAAUGAGUAUGAUCUUCUCCGACGUUGAUGCGAACAGCAAUCAUUGCCCUCGUUGUCGUACAAAAUCGGAGGCUUCUACUGAAGCUAGAACUCAAUGUACCUCUUGCCAAAUGUGGUUUCAAAGACUCGUGGAGAUUGAUGAUAAGUCUGAUCCUGAACCAACCCUAGAGCCUACUAAACGACCCCCGGCUGCUGUUCAUAACAGCGCCAAAAUCAAGAAGCCGAAGUUCGUUGUCUUAACGCCAGCAGACUUUCAGAGAGUCCGGUUGAUGAGCAUACUACGACCUAAGGAGCAGAAGGCAGAGGAGUUGCUCCAAAACCAAGGCAUGAAGGCGCGUCUAGAGCAGAAUAGUAUGCCCAUGCCCCGUACGGAUGUGCUAGAUUGGCCGGGCAGUCAGCCUGGUGGAGGCGGUGAUUUCUAUGCCAUGCGAGAGCACCAAAUGCAGUUUAUGCCCAGAAGACCAAAGGAUAGGAAGAGAUUCAUGAAGCCGCCUCAAGGGCGAGAUAGUAUGCCCAUGCCCCGUAGGGCCCGUAGGGAUGUGCUAGAUUGGCCGGGCGGUCAGCCUGGUGAAGGCGAUGAUUUCUAUGCCAUGGGAAAGCACCUAAUGCAAUCUAUUGUGGUGGGGUUGGUGUUGGACAAUGCUGGUCAUAGAGGGCGUCAUAGAGAGGACGAUAAAUAG